ACCGGGUGAACAUGGCGGAGGCUCGCGCCAGGGCUCGUGCUCAGGUGUGUGUUGAGGAGAGAGACACACCUUUACUUUCCUCUCAGGACAAACAGAGCAGCAGUGUUUUAUUCCUCAGAUUAUUCACCGCUGUGUUUUACAGUCUCAGCUCCAUCCUCAUCGUGGUGGUGAAUAAAAGCGUCCUGACCAACUACAGAUUUCCAUCAGCGUUAUGUGUGGGGAUUGGACAGAUGCUGGCGACUGUGUGUGUGUUGUGGGCCGGGAAAACUAUAGGAAUCGUCCACUUUCCGGACCUGGACAGAGACAUUCCAUACAAAACAUUCCCUCUCCCCCUCCUGUAUGUAGGUAAUCAGCUAACUGGCCUCCUGGGAACUAAACAAGUCAAUUUGCCAAUGUUCACUGUACUCAGGAGAUUCUCCAUCUUAUUCACCAUGCUGGCAGAGAGCUACCUGCUCAGGAGGACGUUUGCAUGGAGCAUACAGCUGACGGUGUUCACUAUGAUCUUAGGAGCUUUUAUUGCUGCCAGUACAGAUUUGACCUUUGACCUCCAAGGCUACACAUCUAUCACAGUCAAUAACAUAUUGACUGCAGCUAACGGCGCUUACCUGAAGAAGAAACUCGACUCCAAAGAGCUGGGGAAGUAUGGCUUGCUGUAUUAUAACGCUUUAUUCAUGAUCAUACCCACUGUGUGUGUGGCUUACUACACUGGAGACCUGCAGCAAGUUGGAGGUUUCGAUGGCUGGACUGAUUUAUUCUUUCUCACUCAAUUUAUUCUCUCCUGUGUGAUGGGUUUUGUCCUCAUGUAUUCCAUUGUGUUGUGCACACACUACAACUCUGCCCUGACCACCACCAUCAUCGGCUGUGUAAAGAACAUCAUUGUAGCGUAUGUGGGCAUGGUGUUUGGUGGUGAUUACAUCUUCACCUGGUUGAACUUUAUCGGCUUAAACAUCAGCAUCGCCGGGAGCCUCGCCUACUCCUACAUCACCUUCACUCAGGAGGAUGUCAAGAGUUCCUGAUGAAGAGGACAGAUGAGUGCCGCCAUGGAUGAGAACCACAAAGCUUCUGUUUUACUUUUAUAAAGAAAUGAAAUGUGACAAUUUUUAGUGAACUGUUCUGGACUUUUUUUAAUUUGUCAGUUAUAUAAUUUGUUUUGUCAGAUUCAUUAACACCUUAAAGUCGUUAAGGCCAAAUCGAACAGGUUUCUUCAGUACUGACAAUAAACAGUGUUGUCUGA